AUGUCGCCCCUCGCCCCCGCCCCAGACAGCCACCCACCCCAGCCCGCCCCCUCAGAGCCCCCCCUCAUGCACACUCUCCUCCGCCAACACGACAAGCCCCUCCUCACAUACUCCAGGCGGGAGCUGCUCCUCAUCGCCGCCCAGCAUCCCAACCCACCCCCGCCACAGGACAUGGGUCCCCUCGAGUCCUGGUUCGGGACGAUAUCGAAACCGCAAAGUAACAGCAGCUACGAAGACCCCGCUAUUGCUUCCAUUGGUCACCAGAAUGGCCGACGCAACAACAAUGGCGGGAAUGGAUUCGGUGAAGGGUUUGGCUACGGAGGCGGUAUUGGCGGUGGGAGUCGUUUGAACAAUGCGAGAGGAACGAGGAAUAUCGGACUGAGGCGACUGCCAGAAGGACUCGACUUGCCCCCGCACUUGGCGCCGCCAACCUCGGGAGGCGGGGGUGAUAAGGCGUUUGGUGGGCAGAUGGGAAGAUUCAAUGUGAAAAAUGGUAGUCAGAUGCGUCUGGGAGGAGAUGAAGUGAGUCCAAAUAGACGCAACAACAAUGAGGCAGACAGCCAAAACCCAGAACCUUGGAGAAGAAACAACAGACAGCAAAACGGCUACCAGCGCGAUAAUGUCGAGCGCCCGUACACCCAACGUGGUGAAAGAGACCACAGCAACCAUCAGCAACGCGACCGUCGGCCCAAUAAUUGGCAUCAGCCUCAGCACGACGAGGAUGCAGAGCCAGAGUGGAUGAACGACGCGCCUGCGCCUGUGGACUCUGCUAUCGUCAGCGAAGCCGCGGACCCGCUCGUCAAGUUUACCCCUGGAGAGGACAUGAUUGCUGCCCACAAACGCGCAAUGAAGACGAAAAAUGCCAAUGAUUGGCGAGGUGGCAUGCCCCCAUUGCCGGCAUUCUUCUCAGCGGACCCUGCCAUUGCGUCCAACUCUCAAGCUGCUCCAGAGGCAAAGCCUAAAGAGAUGAAUGCCAACAACUAUCUCAUGCAGAGAGAAGACCCUGUAGAAGAAGAGCCCCAGGAGUCUGCUCCGCCCCAGGGAGGUUCGGCAUUCUCCAGUCGGUUCCAUAGGUUCUUUGGGAAUCCCGGAGGGGAGGAUCCUGCUGGGAGUGCAGGAAGAGGCAACGGGAGUGCGCCGUUGCAAUCGCAGACACCCUUGCAGUCGCAAUCCGUGCCAACGCCGCAGCCGCCGGCGGAUCAUGUGGAUCAGAGAAAGGCUACUCUGAUGGGAUUAUUGUCUACCAAGACACCCACUCCCAAGCUCGAGACGCCUUCCCUUCGACGUGGCGACACACCCCAGCAGUAUUCCCACACACAAAUCACCUCGCCCAUCGAAAACGUCCCAUCAUCCAUGUCCCCCAACAUGUACCAAAACUCAUCCCAGUACCGCGCACCCACUAAUCCGCUGUUGCAACAAAUCUACCAAAACCCCAACCCUCCCAUCCCCUCUCCAUCACACAACAGCCCGACCGACCCUCUCCAGCUUCUCGCCCAGGCCCAAGCACAACGUCAGAGCCAGGCCCAGCGCCAAUCUCCCGCUGGCGCCUACCCCCCGCAACACAUGUCGCUUCCACCACAGUUCCAGAGACCUCCGCCAGGGUUCAUGCCAUCUCCUAUCGACGGCGUGCCUCAUCCCGACAUGCAAGGCUUCCCGCCCUUCAUGCGCCCGCCCCCUGGUGCAGGCUAUCAUCACCAGGGCCCACCGCCCCCUCCUCCAGGUAUAAAUGGCGGAGGCUACAUGCCAAUGCCGUUCUACCAGCAGGGUCCUCCCAGGCCGCCUGGCAUGGGUCUCGGUAGCAAUGGACAGGGCGGCAAUCAGUACGGAAUGCAGCAGGCUGUCCCCCCGGGGAUCAUGGGCAUGCAGCCCCAGGGACAGAGGGGAUAUGCCCAGACGCAGGGGCAGUUGAACCAUUCGCAGCAGGAUAUGCUGGCUACGCUGUUUGCCGGGCUGGAACCCAGGAGUCAGAUGUAG